UAUACACCACAAAUUCUAAGUCUUCGCCUGGCAGCUGUCGUGAAAAAUUGUUCUCUAGCCGUUGAGUGAAGCAGCAGUAUAGCAAAAAAUUAACAAUUUUGAAUUCAAUAAUGAAUUGCGUUUUUCUAGCAUUUUGCUUGAGUUUAGCCGUUACAACUUGCAGCGCAACCGUUCUAAGUGGCCCAUAUCUCUUUUGGGGUCAUCAGAGUGUCAUUACAUUGCAGCCGCGCGCACUUGUCGAGGCUAGCGAAGACGACCUCACCAAUUUGUUCCAGGACGCAAAAGCUAUCGUGAUAUUCGUGCGAAACACUACGGGACGCCUAGAUGGCGAGGCCUAUCCGAAAUUCCAGCAGCUGGUGAAGAAUAACGCUUGGUCCUACUUACCCCAACGUUUUCUCACCGCUGAACCCUUCAACUACAAUGCAAACAUAGAAGUCAUCAACUUAAGCGGCUCUGCUGAGGAAGAAGACGAUGCACUCAUUUCCGGCUACAACGAUGCGGUCGCCAUUUACGGUAGUGGCGAGGUAUUGGCCAUAUUAGCCAGUCGCGAGGAUGACACCCACUACAUUACUAAAAGGGACACCAAAGAACGUGAGGAACGCACCGAGGAGGAACGGGGCGCAACAACGACUUCUCAAACACCAACCGCUGAAGAGGAAGACAAAACUUUCAUAUACGAAGCACUUGGCCAUAAAGCUGUACUAUAUGUCACCUCUGCUCCGAUAAUCAACAUCAACGGCAAGCUCAACAACACCAAGCUUGUGUCGCACAACAAGGAUGUCACUUUCGAUGAUCAGAAGGGAAAAGGCUAUGGACGUCUCAAUGUCAUAUUCUCGGUGGACACUCAGAAACUAUUCUUGCGUUUCAACUUUACAUUGAGCCGCGGUUAUUGGAACAUGAAGGCCGUUGAGGUGGAGUACAAUGAGUACAAAUCAGUAUUGCCUGUUGUGGGCACGCUCUAUACCAUUCCUUCUGCACCGAUUGGCUUCUCGUACCGCUGCUCCUCACGCAGUCUACAAUUUGGCAAUGAUAACGACAGCCUCACCAUAAUCGAUUAUCAAGUGCAACCCUGGUUGAAUGGCAUACCUCGCUUUGGCGAUGUCUACGAUUGCGUCGGCUUUACCACAGCACCUAUUUGGGCCGGCGUUCUAAUAACAUUUUUCUUAGUUGGCAUUUUGUCUAUUGGCCUGAUUGCAUUAAUGGAUAUAAAAACACCAAACCGAUUUGAAAGCUCACGUAGCAAGCAACUGUCACUGUUUAUUCAGGAGUAGUGGCGACGUAUUAUUCCGAAGUGGGGUACUCUCCACUCAGCCCACUUCAUCGUCUGCUAAAAAAUAUUACCAACUUACAUAUUUACAUAUAAAAAAGUCGCUUGUGCAAAUGUAAACUUAUUCGAGUGUUUAUGAAUUGCUUAACGAGUACUGGAAUGUUCAUACUAAUUACCUACGGCAUCACAAAUCCUCUUGUGCUCUUCACAUUGGCUAUAGAAUUUUUCCUAAUACAUUUAUUGUUCAUUUUAAUUGUUAUGUAUGUGUAUAUUUUAUUGUUUUAUUGAUCUCUAGAUAAUUACAAGUUCAAACAAAAACUUAAAUAAAUAAAGGGUUUUUCAAAAGACGCGCCUAGACAGAGUA